AGCAUUGCCACAACAAUGUCUCAACAACAGGAACAGAUACGAAUACUACAGUUACAAUUACAACUACAGAUGCAUCAGAGACAACAUAUGCAGGUGCUGAGUAUACUUGCAGGUAGGACUUACAUCGAUGUCAGAGACCUGUUGGCAUACUUUAGCGCGUGUAAAGCCUGGCAUCAUAUGGCCUCGCGCCACGCCAUCACCCAGCAGCUCUACCAGCAGUAUGUGGCACUGCACCUGCUGUUGCUCAAGAAGAUGCGCGUCGUGCACUGGUCGCACCAGUUCAACCCGCUGCCUGCCGUGCACGCCCUGCCGCCCCUGGUCAAGCUGCGCACCGACCUGACGAUGCUCAACGACCUGAUCGCGCUGGUCCAUCUGCUGGACCACCGCAGCCACCUCAACGUCAUCCUGGAGAACAACAGUCUGUUCCACUCAAUCGUACAGGGUCACUACAAGGACAUGGCAUUCAUCGACAAGCUUCUCUGCUACGCGAUACUCUACUCAAACGAAGUUCUCCUGUUGUUUAUCGUGCGACUGAUCACAUCGUUGCAGCAGGUCUCAUUUGGCAGCAUGUUCAGGUCGAUCGAGGGUGUCCCAGGCGCCGUGCCAGUGGGCAGCACCCCCUCAGGCGCGUCGUCAUCAUCGUCGCUGCGUCUUUCGAGCGGACCCAAUCAACAUCAGCAGCAACAACAACAACAGUACACGCCAUCUCCCAACGAACAAGAGUUGGCACUCUUUAACAUCACAUCGUGUAGACAUCACAUCUUGUUGACACCCCUGGCACUGUUCAUUGCGUCGGCCUACCCUCAAGGCGGGUCAUCAGUACUCAAGCAACUGCUGUCACUAGGUCAAGCGUUGUAUAGUGUGACGAUGAAGUUGGUCGUAUCACAACGUACGCCACUAUUCCUGGCUGCAUCAAGAGAGAUCACAUUGACACUGUUGCAGAACAAGGCAAAGAACAAUGAGAAGGACUCAUCUGGCAUGCUGCCCAUCCACUACCACUCACUCGUUGGCAACCUAGAAGUGAUCAAAUGUCUCCUAGACGAUACAACAGUCAAUGCACAAGACCUGGCACAAAACACUCCAUUACAUUGGUCCUCACUCAAGGGUCACCUGCUCGUGGUGAAGACAUUGAUUAGCUCGGGCGCACGCCUUAAUAUUGCCAAUGCAAAGGGAAGGUAUCCUGUACAUAAUGCAGCGAUGGAGGGACACAUCGACAUCAUCAAAUACUUUAUAGACCUGUACACAAAGGCCUCCCAAAAGGGCACGAUCAGAUCAUCAAAUGGAAGUGCAUCGAUACAGAUUGCCGACAAAGAGAACAACACUCCAAUCGAUCUGGCCAUCCUCAAGAAUCACUUCUACGUCACAUUCGAGCUGCUCAAAUAUGAAGGAGUUCUGUUGCAAUCUGAUGAGUUUGACUUUAUGAACGGAAGGAAGAUUGGAUCUGGUGCAUUCGCCGAUGUGUACUUGAUGCAGUGGCGUGGACGACAAGUGGCCGUAAAGAGAGUGAAGUAUGACAGAUUGCUAGAGUCUGGCAAGUCUGACGAAUGGAUCAAGGGCAAGUUCUUGCUGGAGGUGGUACUGAUGGUCAAGCUAUCACAUCUUUCCAGUUUUGUAAAGUUAUUCGGCACAGUAAUUGAACAAAAGGAACUGCUACUGAUAUUGGAGUUCUGUUCACAUGGAAGUUUGUACAAUAUAUUGAACACAAUUGGAAAUGAUGAUGUGAUUGCUACACUUCCAUCAAUCAACAUACUAUCACUGAGUAUUGCCAAUGGAAUGGCAUACCUUCAUGGCCUGUCACCACAGAUCAUUCAUCGCGACCUCACCUCACAGAACAUCCUGCUUGACGCAACAGGCUCAUCAAAGAUUGCAGACUUUGGCAUCUCACGAUUCAAGAAUGACAUUGGCGACAAGACUAUGACAUCGAUUGGCAAUCCAAGAUGGAGAGCGCCCGAGGUCACCAAGGGCGAGAAGUACAGCGAGAAGGUUGACGUGUUUGGAUUUGGAAUGAUCCUCUAUGAGAUGUUCUCGCGACGCAUGCCCUUCCACGAGUUGGAACCGGUGCAGGCGUCGUUCAAGGUGGCCAGUGGCGAGCGACCCAGGAUCCCGCCCAACGUCGACUCCCGCUGGGCCAAACUCAUCCAACAGUGUUGGGAUCACAGCGCGGCCAAUCGUCCAUCAUUCACCGAAGUUAUACAAAUAAUCCAACAACUACCGAUCUCCAACAUCAAGCCAUUCUCAGACAUCCCCAUUCAGGUCAAUGAGACUCCAGUCACCUCCAGCGUGGACGUUACA